AGAUACCCACUGCACAGGCCAGUCAGCUGUUUCCGGGUCACAGUUCACGCUACCUCCCAUCAUGGCAGCCUCCAUGUGCGACGUGUUCGCCUUUUGUCUCAUGCCAGAAGAAGCCCGGAGGGUGGCUGAGAUCCGCUUCAUCAACAGUGGCAAGGGAAAGGGUCUGUUUGCCACCCGGUCUAUAAGGAAAGGGGAAACUAUAUUCCGUGAGAAACCACUAGUCUCCUCUCAGUUCCAAUGGAAUGCCCUGUACAGGUAUAGAGCUUGUGAUCACUGUUUGCGUUCACUGGAGACGGCAGAGGAAAAUGCGCAAAGACUUUCUGGAAACGUCAAUAUAAUCCUCCCAUACCCUGAACUCUGCACUAUUCAGAAUGGACUGCACCAGCAAUGUCCACGAUGCCGGGUCUCAUACUGUAGUGCUGAAUGCCUUAAAGCUGCAGCAGACCAUUAUCACCAGGUUCUGUGUCUUGGGCCUUCUAGAGAUAACCCUUCACACCCUCUGAACAAGCUGGAAGAGGCCUGGCGAAAUAUACAUUAUCCUCCUGAGACUGCCAGUAUCAUGCUGAUGGCUCGUAUGGUGGCCACUAUCAAGCAGGCUAAGGACAAAGAUUGGUGGCUGCACCUUUUCUCUCAGUUCUGCAACAAGACGGCCAAUGAAGAGGAGGAAAUUGUCCAUAAGUUACUUGGGGACAAGUUUAAGGGUCAGCUGGAACAGCUCAGGAAGUUAUUUAUGGAAGCCCUGUAUGAUGAGCGAGUGAGCCGGUGGUUCACCCCUGAAGGCUUCCGGUCUUUGUUUGCUUUGGUUGGAACCAAUGGACAGGGAAUAGGCACAAGUUCCUUGAGUCAGUGGGUUCAUGCCUGUGAUGCGCUCGACCUACCAGCUAAGGAGAGGGAACAGCUGGACACCGUUAUAGACCAACUCUACAAAGAUAUUGAAAAAGAGACGGGUGAAUUUCUAAACUGCGAAGGAUCUGGACUGUACAUGCUGCAAAGUUGCUGUAACCACAGCUGUUUGCCAAAUGCUGAGGCUUCUUUCCCAGACAAUAAUUUUCUCCUUCACCUCAAUGCAUUGGAGGACAUCAAGCCUGGGGAGGAAAUUUGCAUUAGUUACCUUGACUGCUGCCAGAGGGAUCGAAGCCGCCACAGUCGACACAAGAUACUCAGGGAAAAUUACUUGUUCGUCUGCUCCUGCCCAAAGUGCCUGUCACAAGCAGAAGACCCAGACUUGACAUCUGAGGAGGAGGAAGACGACGCGGACCUGGAUGGAGAGACCGAUGAUGCUGAACUUGAGGAUGAGAUGACGGACGUGUAAUAAGUUGUCCUCUGGAAAAGAUUUCACAUUGCUCCACAUGUGCCAGCGUUUGUUAUCCUUUAUUAUAGAAAGAAAGAAAAAAAUAUCCGAUAACAGUUGUCCAAUAAUCAGGAGACACCUCUAUCAUGCUUGGAACAUUAAAAGCUAUGGCUGAUUUUGCCUACUUCCUCAAGAAGACUGUUUUCUCCUUGCAACUGUCCGCACGGUACUUGGAAUGUUUGGAUAAAGGUCGAAACAC